AGUUCCCAUGCAUUUCUAUAUAACAGAGAGCAGGAAGACGCAGAGGGCAAACUGGAUUCGACUAUAUACAAUGCACGCCAUGGAUGCAGCUUACGUGCUCCUCGUCGUCCUAGUAGUCAUUUGCUCGACGCCGACGCCGCCGCCGUGCCUCGCCGCCGGCGCCACAGACGCCGAGCUCACGACAUGGAAGUGCAACAACCGCACGUCGUACGCGCCCAACGACACCUACCAGUCCAACGUCCGCGCCCUCAUCGCGUCCCUCGCCGCCAACGCCUCCCGCUCCGUAGGCUUCGCGAACGGCAGCUUCGGUGGCGGCGGCGGGCGGGACACGGCGUGGGGUGUCGCGCUCUGCCGCGGCGACACCAACGGCACGGCCUGCGCGUCCUGCCUCUCCCUCUCGACGGGCGUGGCGUUCGGGCAGUGCCUGGGCGCGAGGGACGUGUCCGCCUUCUACGACCGCUGCCUCCUCCGCUUCUCCGACGAGGACUUCCUGUCGGUGCCGGACAACACGCAGGUGCAGUUAAGCGGCUCCAGCAAGGACAGCGUCACCGGCGGGAGCCGGGAGGUGGAGCGGUUUGGGUCGCUCGUGGCCUACCUCCUCGGCGCGCUGUCCGACCUGGCGGCGUUCAACACGACGUCCAGGUACGCCGUCGGGGUGGUGAGCUCGGACGAGGGGUUCCUGGCGACGACGAAGGAGGUCGUCCACGGCAUCAACGGGAUGGUGCAGUGCACGCCGGAGCAGGCGUCGGCGGCUUGCCGGGGGUGCCUGCAGGGGCUCAUGUACGGGCUGGCGGCGGCGGCGUCGUCCAACGGGAGCAUUGGCGGGCAGAUCAACGCGGUUUGGUGCCGCCUGAGGUACGAGGUGGGGCAGUUCUACGAUGGUAGUCCGAUGCUGAGGCUCGCCGCUCCGCCGCCGACGCCGUCACCCUCGUCUACCGACAAAGCAGGAAACGGGACAAAGGGACGAGGAAAUGCAGCGACGACAACUAUUGCAAUUGUUCUCGGGGUGGUUGUUAUCCUCCUGUCCGUUUUCACUAUCUUUCUUUGGAGAAACAAUACAAAAGCAAGCCGAGAACAAGCCUCAGCAAACGAAGAAGAUGACCAAGUUGGAACGUCGCUUUUGUUUGACUUGGCAACCCUAAGAUGUGCAACUUCUGACUUUGCUGAACAGAACAAGUUGGGACACGGAGGAUUUGGAGCAGUGUACAAGGGUUUGUUGCCGGAUGGACGGGAGAUAGCCGUGAAAAGACUGGACAAGGCCUCGCGACAAGGUCUGAAGGAGUUGAAAAACGAGCUCUUGUUGGUCGUCAAGCUUCGGCAUAACAAUCUUGCAAAGCUCCUUGGCGUUUGCGUAAAUGGACAGGAGAAACUGCUCGUCUACGAAUACCUUCCUAACCGGAGCUUAGACAUAUUUCUUUUUAAACAUCCAGAGGAGCCCCUGAAGAGUGAACCGUUGGACUGGCAUACAAGAUAUAGGAUCAUUUAUGGGGUUGCAAGAGGCUUGUUGUAUCUCCAUGAAGAUUCACAAGCAAAGAUCAUACAUCGUGACCUGAAGGCCAGCAACAUCCUACUAGAUGGCGAUAUGACCCCAAAGAUAUCUGACUUUGGCCUAGCAAGGCUCUUCGACAGCGAUAAGAUGACUACUAUCACUAGCCAAGUUGUGGGAACAUUAGGAUAUAUGGCACCAGAGUAUGCUGUGUUUGGGCACCUGUCAGUCAAGUUAGAUGUCUAUAGCUUCGGAGUGCUAAUCCUAGAGAUCAUCACCGGGAGGAGAAACACUGAUGUGUUUGAAUCAGUACAGGAAGAACCCAGCACAUUGUUGAGCUAUGUGUGGGAUCACUGGUCAAAGGGAACACCAUCAGAGGCCAUGGAUGAAUGGUUGCAACGGCAAGCACCGGUGAUUGAGGUGCUGAAAUGCCUUCACCUGGGGCUUCUCUGCAUCCAAGAGAACCCAGUGGAUCGGCCGACCAUGCUCAAAGUCCUCAUCAUGCUCCAUGGCGAUGCCUCUAGCUUUGAAUCACUGUCCAGGCCUGCAUUCAUCUACCCAUCUAGUGGAAUCGACUCUAGCAGGUCAUGCUCUAGAGACUUAGGUGGACAACAAGUUGUUACUACUGGUCUGGGCUCUAUAAAUAGCAUCUCCGUGUCAGAAUUCCAUCCAAGAUAAGAUAGAAAGGUGUGUCAUAAGGAGAUGAGGGAAUACUAAACUAAGUAAAGUCACACACAUUGCUACACAAUAUAUGUAUGAUGAUAGUUAAAUAUCAGGUACGAAAUAAACUUUCUUUGUAACUGGAUAGUUUGACUUCAUAUGCUCAACACAGUUACAUCUUCUGUAGAUCUUGUAAUACUUGAAAAAUUAAGAUAAUGUAGCUUAAUAAGAGAAGAGAGAUA